AUUUCAUUCCGGGCUUUCUCUCUCUUCCUUCCUCGUUUCUCCCUCCCUUCAAGAAACCAAGAGUUCAUGGAAAAAAACCCAACCUAAACCUUACCCCUUUUCGUGCAUCACUUGAGGGUAGUCAAGAAGGAGAGUUUUGGGUCUCUCGCAAGCUGAAGCUUAGAGAUUUAGCAGUGGAAUGGAACUUGCAACUUUUGUGACAGGGUCUGUUCUUCUCCAAAGAUCCUGGGAUGUUAUCUCGUCUCAUCAUGCAGACAUCCUUUCUAAUGUGGGAGUGGGAUUAUCAUGGAAAGUUUAUAAAGAACCGGUUUCGGAUUUGACCAUUAUAGCAUUUGAGGCCACAUCAGAUACUAAUCUGCAAGUGGAUUUGGUUUCAUAUUCUGAUAUCAGGGAGAGGAAUUUUCUUCACUUUGACUUUCUUUGUACAAAAAGUAAUCCUUUCUCUAUUAACAACACUGUAGUUUCCCUCUUUUAUGAAAAUCAUCAGAAGCUUGAUCAGUUGAAAUCCGAGAUCAAUAGCUCCAAACCAUUGAUUGUUACCGGACAUGCUCUUGGAGGAUCAGUUGCUUCUCUCUUCACUAUAUCACUAUUAAAUAGCAUUGGUUUAGGAAAGAAUCGCCCACUCUGCAUCACCUUUGGUUCACCCCUUAUUGGUGACAAGGGAUUGCAACAAGCCAUAUCACGUAGUUCUAAUUGGAAUUCUUGCUUUCUACAUGUUGUGUCGCACAAAGACCCACUUCCAAGGCUUUUUUUUACAAACUAUAGUUCUCAAACCAGUUCCUACAUGCCUUUUGGAACAUUUUUCUUUUGUUCUGAUGAAAAUUCUACUUGUUUUGAGAACCCUGAUUCUAUUUUGGAAGUACUAGUGGCAUUGGGCUCUAUCCAUGAUCAAAAUCAAGAAUUUCAGUCUAUGGAUUAUGGAAAUAUAGUGGAAAAUCUCAAUCAUAAAGCAAUUUGCAAGGACUUUACAGUACAGGCUAAAGACAUGAAUUAUUCUAAUACACUGCAUGCAAGUAUCCAUUUGCAAUUGUGGGGGCUAGGAUUCACACCACAUAUGCAGGAGCAACAACAUCAAAACAUUAUCAAUAAUUUGGUAACAAUGAUGGAAACUAUCAUUUUCCAGAAGAGGGAAACAGUUGAGCUAUCCAAGAAAUUGAAUUUAGUGAAGAUAGACAUGGCCCAACUUGAGUGGUACAAGAAGGAUUGUAAAGAUAGAAACAUAGGGUACUAUGACAGCUUCAAGAAGAUGCUCUUAAAAAGUGACCUAGAUGUUGUUAAGUUCAAGAAAAACCUCAUAAAUUACUGGGAAAAUAUGGUUGAAGAGGCAGAGAUGAAGCCUCAGAAAGAAGGCUCAAAUUUUCGUACCCGCUGGCUUGGUGCUGGGACUAAUUACAGGAGAAUGGUUGAACCACUUGUUAUUGCUAAAUACUAUAGUGAGGGAGGUAAAGAUUAUGUGACUGAAAAAAGGUCCAAACAUUUUAAACUGUUGGAGGAUUGGUUAAAGGAAGGAACAACAAAAGCCACAAGUGACUUAAACAGUACAAGUAAGAAGAAUGUGGAAGCUCUUUUAACCAUAGAUUCUUGCUUUUGGGCACAUGUUGAAGAGGCUCUGCUUUUGUGCAAACAGUUGAAGGAUGCACAAUCUAGCGUGACAGAGAAAGAAGCAGCCUGUAGGAAAUUGCUUGAAUUUGAGGAGUAUGUUUAUGGGUUGCUCAAGAAUUAUGCUGUGUCAAUAGAGAUUUUCCUGAAAGAAAGCAGCUACAUGACUUGGUGGAAUGAGUAUAAGGCAAUUAAAGGAACUUCAUAUGAUUCACCACUCGGUAGCUUCAUGAACAAUGCUGAAAAUUAUAAUGUGAAGUAUGCUGGGAAUACUUAUAAUUUCUGCUGAUGUGCAUAUAAUGUAACAGUAAGUUAGGAUCUUAUCUCAUCCUGUAACCUUCUUAUGUAUUUCGUUUGUUGAAAUUGGGUUGGGUUCUUAGUUUCCUGCUUUGUGUUGUGAUACUGGAAGUUCUUACAAUUGUCCUUCCCUUCUAAAUUAUGGAGAGAGUUAUAUUGACAAACUUUUUUUCUUACAAACUUACAAACUAUACUAAAUCUGACUAGUCAUAAAUUCUUGAUUGAAGUAUGACUAGUCAGACUUAAUAUAGUUUGUAGAAAAAAUAAUUUGUAAGAAAAUUUUUUUGUUAAUAUAACUCCUACCGUAAACUAUUACUUUCCUUGUUGCAAGUUUAAGCGUGAGUAUAAUGUAUGCUUGUUAAUUAAUAUUUAUAUGA